GCUCAGCACGCAAUAAAUAUAUGGAACUAAGGUCGCGUCUCUCCCAAUCUCGAUCUCUGCUACUCUCAAGUUUGCAUCUUUCUGGUGGUUAAGUAGGAGGUUGUGGGAGAGAAAAAGAUUUGUGCCAUCUUGAGCUCCUCCUUCAAUGGCUCCAAAGUUUGGAGAGCUUUUUCUCAAGAUUUUACUCAUCCUUUGUAUUAUCAAAUCUUCUCAAGGGAGGGAGUUUUCAAGGAAGAACUAUCCAUAUCUGAAGAUGGCAAGCAGCUUCUCAUUAUCGCCGCCGCGAGGCUAUGACUACAUUAUAGUCGGCGGUGGCACGGCAGGUUGCCCUUUGGCAGCCACCCUUUCACAGAAAUACAGUGUGCUUCUUCUGGAGAGGGGGGGCUCUCCUUAUGGCAAUGUCAAUGUGUCUUAUCUCCAAAACUUCCAUAUUUCUCUCGCUGAUACUUCUCCCCAGUCUCCUUCUCAGGCAUUCAUUUCAACUGAUGGGGUUAUCAAUGCCAGAGCUAGGGUUUUGGGAGGUGGAACUUGCAUUAAUGCUGGGUUCUACACAAGGGCAAGCUCGAGCUUUGUGAAGGAGGCUGGUUGGAAUAUAGAAUUGGUAAAUGAAUCAUACCCCUGGAUUGAGAGGCAGAUUGUCCACUGGCCCAAACUAGCACCAUGGCAAGUUGCUCUAAAGGAUGGAUUGCUUGAGGCUGGUGUAUCUCCUUUCAAUGGAUACACUUAUGAUCACCUCUAUGGCACUAAGGUCGGUGGCACCAUCUUCAACAAGAAUGGUUUUCGGCACACUGCUGCCGACCUGCUUGCCUCUGGGAGUCCAAAGAAUCUCAAUGUUUUGCUUCAUGCAACAGUUCUAAGAAUUCUUUUCAAUGUCAGAGGUUCAAAGCCUCGUGCUGUUGGAGUACUCUUCAAGGACGAGAAUGGAAAACAACACCGAGCUAUUCUGAAUGGCAGAAGUCAAAGUGAAGUAAUCUUGUCGUCUGGAGCUCUGGGAAGUCCCCAGCUACUGCUCCUGAGUGGAAUUGGUCCCAAACAAGAUCUUGACAAGCUGGGCAUACCAGUUAUUCUUAACAAUUGGCAUGUUGGAAAGGGAAUGUCUGACAACCCAAUGAACUCUAUCUUCAUUCCGACUAAGAAGCCUGUUGAGCAGUCCCUAAUCCAGAGUGUUGGCAUUACUAAGAUGGGAUCUUUCAUUGAGGCCAGCAGUGGCUUUGGCCAGUCUUCUGAUAGCAUCCAUUGCCAUCAUGGCAUCAUGUCUGCUGAGAUUGGGCAGCUCUCUACAAUACCACCUAAGUUGAGAACCAUUGAAGCUGCACGGAAGUAUUCAAAGACCAAGAAUGAUCUACCAAGAGAGGCUUUCCAAGGUGGCUUCAUCUUAGAAAAGAUUGAUGGCCCCUUAUCAAGAGGCCACCUUAACCUUGUUGACACUAAUGUUGACAACAACCCCAAUGUGACAUUCAAUUACUUCAACCACCCAUAUGACCUUCAACGAUGUGUCUAUGGCAUUCGAACCAUUGAACGAAUUGUGCACACGAAGCAAUUUGCGAAAUUGACUGAGGAUGAUUCAUACUCCAUUGAAAUGUUGCUCAAUAUGAGUGUAAAGGCAAAUGUGAACCUAAUUCCCAAACACACAAAUGACACUGCUUCUCUUGAGCAGUUUUGUAGAGAUACAGUGAUAACUAUUUGGCAUUAUCAUGGUGGUUGCCACAUUGGGCAGGUUGUUGAUAAGGAGUAUAAUGUCCUUGGGGUCGAUAGGCUGCGGGUAGUCGAUGGCUCAACUUAUGAUAGUUCUCCGGGAACCAAUCCUCAAGCAACUGUUAUGAUGAUGGGAAGAUACAUGGGAGUGAAGAUACUGAGGAAAAGGCUGGGCAAAAGAGCAGGUGUGUAGAUGAUUGGCAUCAAGAUGGAGAAUAUUGUUACAUAUUCUGAAUCAAUUUUUUCAAGAUUUAGUUUGAAGCAUUGUGAAGAGAAUCAUAUAUAUAGUAAUAUAUAUAUAUAUAGUAAUAUGCGGUCUAAUGCUUCUUAGAAAAUCUAAAUAAAUAGUUGUAGUUUGGAAUGAAUUUAGAAGAUAUGUUUGUUGUGUAAAACUUAUUAAUGUUUCUGCUGAGUUAA